GUAUUGUGGAGCACCCCUAAUGUUGUUUAGUGUAAUGUUUUCAUAUUAAACGUCAGAAAAGUAAAUAGUCUUGCCGACCGGUGUUUUGGUUUGCGUAUGGUGAUUCAAUCCGAUAGAUAGCACAUUUUUUACGAAUUUAGCAAUAUUCGACACACUAGGAUGAGAUAUCCUACAUUAUGUAAUAUUUCACGUUUUAACCGAAUGAGACAGUUGUUCUGCAGACGCUACUCGAGCAAUUGUAGCCAUCUCAGCUCCAGAGAAAUUCGUCAGCGAUUCUUGGACUACUUCGCAAAUGAAAACGGACACAAACUGGUGCGCUCGAGUCCCGUGGUUCCGUUCAGUGAUCCCACGAUAGCUUUCGUAAACGCCGGAAUGAAUCAGUUUAAGAAUGUGUUUCUCGGAACGGCGGAACCGCCCUGCAAGCGAGCGACCAAUUCGCAGAAGUGUAUUAGGGUGGGUGGCAAACACAACGAUAUCAGUGUUGUUGGGAAUGAUGGGUAUCAUCAUACCUUCUUCGAGAUGCUCGGGAACUGGUCAUUCGGGGAUUAUUUCAAACGCGAGGCUUGUGAAAUGGCUUUGCGAUUGCUGAAGGAUGGGUAUAACAUUGAUGGUAGGAGACUGUAUGUAACGUAUUUUGGAGGGGAUGAAAUCAUGGGACUGCCAGCGGAUUUGGAAACCAAAGAGAUUUGGGCUAGCUUGGGCAUUUCUGCUGAGAGAAUUAUUCCCUUUGGAGCUGGCGAGAAUUUUUGGGAGAUGGGCAGUUCUGGCCCUUGUGGGCCAUGUACCGAAAUUUACAUCGAUCAUUCGGACCAGUUUAUGGACGUAGCAACUCGAAGGCAAUUGGUCAACGCGGGUGUGCAAGAUUUAACUGAGGUGUGGAAUAUUGUUUUCAUACAAUACAACAGGAGUCUGGAUGAUGGUUGUAUUAGAAACCUUCCACAACGACAUGUAGAUACCGGUAUGGGCUUGGAGCGCCUUGUCGCACAUUUGCAGCAGAAAAGUAGCAAUUACGAUACGGAUUUGUUCACACCACUAUUCGAUCGUAUUUGUAAGGUAACAAAUAAAGAAGAGUACGGGGGAACAUUUGAUGUAAAUAAUCGAAGGUUUGUAUUAGAUACAGCUUAUCGAAUUGUAGCUGAUCACACGAGGAUGAUUACUGCAUGCUUGUCAGACGGAAUGUUUCCGUUGCAAAGUCCUAAACUACGACGUGUGAUACGUCGAUCUUUAUCUAUGUCGGAUCGUAUCUUUUCGUGUCCGACACUGGUACGCGAGCUUGUUCCAGCCGUAGUAGAAAGCUUGGGACCGACCUAUCCAGAAAUGGAAAUAAAACUCAACGAAACUCAGCUCAUCAUAGAACACGAGGAGCAAUCCUUCCAAAGGCUUUGUGCUAACGUGUCAUCUGAAUCACGCGCGCUGUUGAAACAAAAUUCCUACCUCGAAGAAGUGGAUGUUCUCGAUCAUCCAGGUUUACCUCAUGCGUUGAAGGAGAUUAAAAGACUCAAACUACAAGAACACAUCGAAGAGCUGAGUGGGAAAGUGAUUUUCAAAAUGUACGAUACGUACGGACUGGAUGAGGACAUUCUUCUCAAGAUAGCUGCUAAUGAGCGACUAGACGUGGACUUGGUCGGCUAUAACAACUAUACGAAGCAACUCAAAGAGGGAGCAAAACUUGAACUAGCUGCUCGCUUGCAUAAAACCUUGGAAACUUCUCGUGACCUCGAACAAAACCUCAACCAAGCACAAAUUCAUCCCACACGGAAUGAAUACAAAUAUAAUUACGUGUACAAUAAGAACAAACAGUUGUAUGAAAUUCCUCAAUUAAAAACUAAGAUUACUUCGCUAGUUGAGGGAGAGAUUGAUCUUUAUCAUGUGAUAACCGAAAAAAGUAACUUCUAUUGCGAAUCUGGGGGACAACAAGGUGACACAGGGAGCCUCUGGUUAGCCAAUGAUCCCUCCAUCCAAUUUGAAGUGAAAUCUGUCAGUGAAUUCCAAGGGUUUGUGAUGCAUUCAAUAGCUGGCAGAGGACUAGUAGCUAAAAAAUUGUCGAUUGGCGAUGAGAUUGUGCUCAGUGUUGAUCCGGUGAGGAGAAGUUCCUCCGUCUUGCAUCACACUGCAACGCAUUUGCUUAAUGCAACCGCCAGGAGUGUGCUUCAGGUGCCAAUCUGUCAGCGAUCAAGUUACGUAGGCGAUAAAGGUUUAAAAUUGGAGCUAGCUGUGUGCUGUGCGAAACUCGAACCGGAAAAGGUAGAAAUUAUCGAGCAAAACAUUCGAAAGAUCAUUCAACGGAAUGAACCGAUAAAAACGCGUGUUUGCAACGCUGUUGAUGUUGAUUUCGACAAGGUAAUAAUGAUUCCCGGAGAAGUGUAUCCCGAGAAAGGCUUGCGAAUCGUCGACAUUGGUUCAUCGAUAUCAUCUGAAUUCUGCUGUGGGACGCAUGCUCAAUCAACUGGAGAGCUACAAGAUUUCAGCAUUACCAAUGUGUCUCAGUCUAAAUCGGGUUGUUACACUUUUCACGCGAUCGCCGGUUCUGCUGCCGAUAGGGCCCAUACGCUGGGUGAACAGAUUCGCAAUGACGUUGCUCAGUUGAAACAAGACAUGGCCGACCGUGAAAUGGUCAAUGACGCAGCGAAUAUUGAUACACGUUUGCAGCGACUUAAAAAUGUCCUUAUUGUCGGCUCCGAAAACGACAUCAACCUUCCCUAUGCCAUACGACAAAAAUGUUUGACUGUAAUCAACGAACUUUAUGAUCAGUUCAAAGACACCACAAGAGCUUCCCUCCGGGAAUUUAUUGAUAUGGAAAUGAAGAGCCUGCUACAACAGAAACCGCCGGAAAACAAUCCCUUCAUUGUUCACUUUCUUGAAAGUUCCAUGAUCUUGGAGGAGGUUCAACUGAGCAAAGUUACACGAUACAUUCCCGAGCGACCGUUCCUCGUUAUCAGUCUCACCGAUAACCAGGUGAAGGCGAGAGCAACAGUUCCGGCGGCAUACGUGAACGAGCGAUUUGAUGCACAAAAAUGGAUCAAGUUGGUUGGACAGGUGUUCAAGUCGGGAGUGUCCGCACCCAGAGGACAAAACCCAACCCAGGUGUGCAAUAUGAAAAGUCGAAAAGUGAAGCCCGUGAUGUUUGAGGCGUUGCUGGAACGAGCCCUCCAAGAUACUGCUAAGUUUGCCAAGCAGAACAUGAUGUAGAUACUCUAGUCUAGAAUCGUUGGCCAUAAAUAAAUUGACACAGUUGCUGUUAUUUAUACGAACGCUCGUUGUUCUCCUGGUUAUUCUAAAAAAUCCAUCCGGAUUGUGAUAUUAACGAACGAUGUGAUAUCGAUUUUUAAGAAAUCUAAACACUACAUCUCAUGUGCGUGAACAUUGUUUGUUUCUAUAUUUUUGCGAUGUUUGCAUUCAGUUCAGUUCAGGUCACACAAUCUAUGUUCACAGCUGAAAUAAUACAUUUCUCAGAUGUGUGAAAUAAGGAU